AAUGCACCUCUUCCGCUGGUUUGCCAAACCGCCAUAAAACACCAGAAGAAGAAGAAGAAGAAGGAACGUAUCUUUCAUCGAGGACGAGUUCUAAAUGAGCAAUGGGGAAGAGAUAUUACUGCGACUACUGUGACCGCAGUUUUCAAGACAACCUGCACAACAGAAAGAAGCACCUAAACGGCGUCCAGCAUCACCGGGCUAAAAAAUCCUGGUUUGACAACUUCAGAGACGCUGCCACAUUUUUAAAUGAAGAGCGGACAAAGGAGCCCUGCAGAAAGUUUCUCCAGACAGGACAAUGUAUAUUUGGUACAAGCUGUCGUUUUUCACACAUGUCUGAGAGACAUAUGAAGAUGCUGGAGCAAAAGAUUGAUGAUGAAAAGCGGAAGAAGGAAGACCCUGACCAAGAUGGAUCAUCUACUGAGCGCAGCAUUGAUGAAUGGCUCACCAGAAGAGAGAAGAAACUGGCUGCUUUGACAUCAGGAAGAGUUUUAAAGAUGGAAGAGGAAGAAUGUGCUGAAAACAUUGAGAUACCUCCAUAUUUGCUGUCUAUUCCAGAUCUUCCUCCAUCUCUUCAUCCUCCACCAACUGGUGGUUGGAGAGUGACGCUACACAAUGAAUGGGGUUGAAAUGUAAUUUAUAAAAGUUAUUUAUAAUUAUUCCUUUUUUUCCUUCAAGAACAUGCUGCUAACUAUUAUCAUUACAAAGCCCUUGUAUGCAAUUCCUUAAAGGAAUAAUUCACACAAAAAUAAAACAAAAAUUCCUCACCCUCAGGCUGUCCAAGAUCAUUUUGUUUGUUCCUUGUAAUGCUAAAUUUCUCCAAAUCUAUUACAUUGCUUAGCAAUAGAUCCUCUGCAGUGAAUAAGUGUCGAUCCAUUAGUAAGCAGCAAGUGAUGUAAUGCUAAAUUUCUCCAAAUCUGUUCAGAUGAAGAAACAAGCUCAUCUACAUC